AUGGAUAUCUUAACAAGGAUUAGUGUGCUAACUUUGUUAAUUGGAAUUAUUUACGCAUCCAGGUCAACAACUCCGCUAAUAAAAACUAUAUACCGCGGCGGAACACAUUUUGAAGGUCCCCAUUGGUCAAAAGUAGAAAAUGCACUCUACUGGGUCGACAUAGAACAACAGAAAGUACACAGAUUGGAUUCGGAGACCGGGAACGUAACCACUAGAGAAAUAGGUUACGGCCCUGUGUCCCUUGUGGUAACAGUAAAGGAUAAUCCAGGGUUAGUUCUACUAACCGUCCGUACGGAGGUUUACUUCAUGCCAUGGGAUGCACCAACAACGGAAAGUUCUCUGAGACUUUUGAGCGUCGUAGAUUUGGGUCUGCCAGAUAACAGAUGCAACGACGGCAAGGUCGACGCUAGGGGCCGACUUUGGUUUGGCACAAUGGGUAAAGAAGUUGGCUCAGUAGUUGAUAAGGACCAGGGCACAUUUUACAUGUUGGAUGCGCACAACUACCUGGACCCAGUGGUGCGGGUCCGGCCAGUGUCGAUAUCAAACGGUAUCGCGUGGACCAGCGACAACAAGUUCAUGUUUUACAUAGACACACCGACGAGGAAUAUCGACGUAUUCGACUUCAGUUUAGAAGAGGGGACAAUUGGUAACAGAAGAACGAUAUUCAGCUUCCAAGCAAACAACGUAACUGGAUUUCCAGAUGGUAUGACUAUUGAUCGGGAGGGGAACAUAUGGGUUGCAUGUUUCGAUGGCGGAAAGGUAAUUAAAAUUGACUCCAGAGCUGGCAAACUACUGGAGCAACAUAAACUUCCAGCAAGCAAAGUGACAUCAGUUGUAUGGGGUGGUCAUGACUUAGAGACAUUAUAUGUAACUACAAGUAAUGUGGGACUCAACUCUGUGGAACUUGCCCAGCAACCUGAUGCAGGAGCACUGUUUGCAAUAGAGGGCACAGGGUCUAGAGGACUGCCAGAAAAUCAAUUCAUUUUUCCUGGUGCUGCUGAAUACUAA